AAGGAAGGAGGGGUAAGUGAGGAGGAGGGAGGAAAUGACUCCAUUUGAGAAAUGUUUCUGAUGUUACAACGACACACUGCGUACUAAUGCUUGUAGCUUCCAGUACUUGAAAACGGGUGGAUAUCCAGUACAGUUGUUGCCUUUUAUUUUUGAAAUGUGCAUUUUACAACAUUACCUUUUGGUUAAUACAUUGUGACAAGGAUUCCUUUCCUCACACGCCUGAUUCCGAGCCCACACAAAGUAUACAGUAGCCAAGGUUGGAAGCAGCCCAGUUUUUCAACUUGAGAAGUUAAUGAAAGUAUAUAUAAAGUUCCAAUGUCUGAAGUACCACUCUUCUACUCUUAUUUUGUUUGCUAAAGGGUUUGUUCCCUCGUUUUAUAUUUGUGGUACAAUAUGAGUGGCUUUGAAAGUUCUUUUCUCCCAAAAAGAUGAGUUGAUGAUUAUGACUGCUCGUCUGGGGCAGCAGUUGCUCUUUGCUAGAGCAAGAAUGUAAGACAACCAGAGCAGGUGGGAGUUUGACAUCUAAAAGCUUCAAGUUCCUUUCAACUCUCCUGUGUAAAAUGGAUACCAGUGUCUAGACUGUGGUCUCUGGUUUGGAUGUCUUGGAGGUUAGUGAAUCCUUGUAUAAUGGUACCCACAUAAUUAAUAACUACUUUCAAAAAGUUUAUUAUAUUGAGGAUUUUGUUUUCUGUUUUUUCCCCACCUGAUACUUGAUUGCUUGACAUAUGUGCUUAAAAAUCUAGAUCUUUUUAAGGGCUUCAACUGACAGAUUCAGAGGAAGUUACUUUGUUUUUAAGACUUUAGAAGAAUAAUUUUCAAGUGUACUGACUGGAAUAUUAUAUGCAAUAUUUUACAGUUUUCUCAUUCUGUGAAUAUUCAUUUUAAGCAACAUUAUUGAAAUUGGACAAUUUGGAAAUCGUGUUUCAUGUGCCAAGGAAGAGAUCUGCCUGAAUACUGAGUAUUCUCCUGAACUGAUGUUCCCAGAGACCUUUCUUCUAUGGCUGCUUUUCACAUCGAGAGGAAUUCUAUUCAGGAUGGCAAACAGUGCUUCCAAAGGAGGACGGAUCCCUUAAAUCUUCAGUGGAGGCUGGCAUGUGCUGAAGUGGACUUCGUUUUCAUGGGAUAACUACCACAGGAGCUGCUGCUUUCCAAACCAUCUGGGCUCAGCCCUAUUGCAGAGAAACAUGUGAACCUAAGAGUCUGUAACUGAGUAACUCAGAUUAUAUUGAAUUACAUGAAUGAUAGCCUGAGAACAGAUGUCUUUGUAAGAUUUCAGCCAGAAAGCAUUGCCUGUGCAUGUAUAUACCUUGCAGCUAGAACGUUGGAGAUUCCACUUCCUAAUCGUCCGCAUUGGUUUUUACUCUUUGGGACAACAGAAGAGGAGAUACAAGAAAUCUGCUUAAAAAUUUUGCAGCUCUAUACUCGAAAAAAGGUUGAUUUGUCUGAUCUGGAAAGUAAAAUAGAGAAGAAGAAAUUAGCAAUUGAAGAGGCAAAAGCACAAGCUAAAGGUCUACUACCUGAAGGAGCCCCGGUACUGGAUAACAUGUCAGGAUUUUCCCCUCUGCCUAAAAAUGAGUCUCCAAAAGAGGUUAAAGGGAAUAAACCUUCACCACUGCCUGUUCAAGCAAUGAAGAAUGCUAAAAGGAAAGCAGAAGGAGCAAAAAGAACGGGUUCCAAUAGCCCAGUAAAUGGGGUUCAGAAAGGCAGAGAAAGCAGAAGUCGAAGUGGAAGUAGGGAUCAGAGUUAUUCAAGAUCACCGUCCAGAUCUGCAUCCCCUAAGCACAGGAAAAGUGAAAGUUACUCCACAUCCAGUGGCUCCAAGUCCCACAGCCGCUCCAGGAGCCGCAGCGACUCUCCUCCGAGGCAGUUCAACCACAGCUCGACUUACAAAAGCUCCAAGAUGAGAAGUUACAAGAAAUCCAAAGACUACAAAUACUCAGCACACAAAGCACGGAAAUCACGCAGCAGGAGUUCGUCCCGAUCCAGGAGCCGAUCCCGGGAGCGUUCCGACCACUCGGGGAAGUACAAGAAGAAGAGUCACUACUACAGGAAUCACAGGCAUGAGCGUUCUCGUUCCUACGAGCGAGCGAGUCAUCGUUAUGACCGAGACCAUCCUGGCCACAGCAGGCAUAGGAGAUGAGCAGUGUUGGAAGGUCUUUCCUUUGGAAUUUGGGCAGCGGAGCUCUUCGCCAUGUGGCCUUUGCAGCAUAGGCUUGUAAACCACUUGGUCUCAGUAAAGUUGGUGUUAUUGGUAAUUCUGUGCUUGCUGUCAUGUAUCCAAAGGAAAGAUGCUAACAAGAUACAGUGACACAAAGGACUCUAUCUGGUAAUUGUCUCUAUGGCUGUUAUGCUGGAGCAUCAGUGGCUAACGCUGCAGAGCUUGCCUGGAUGCUCCUAUGCCUGCUCUUUAGUAAUCUGCAUAUGGUAGCACGUAGAGUGUUGCUUGGGUCUUCCAGUUCUGCAGCAGGAUCUGCAUUCCUCAGUGGGAAUACUGUGUUGGACAGUCCUUCCUGUGGAAUUAGAAGGCCUAAGAAGGUUCACAAAAACCAUUGGCUUGGUGCUAACAAAGCUGUCUUUUCAUACUGACUCAAUUAUGUUGUACAAACGUAAGGUGACUUUUCUAGAACUGAUGCCUAUAUUAGGUUAUAUAUGUGUAUAUAUAUUUUGCAGUGUUACAGUACAGUAUGGGAAUAUGGCCUUACUAGCCUUUACACUUUAUCCACAAUGUAAAUAAGCAUUUGUUUAAUACAGGUGGAAGAUAUAUACAGAAAAUUCAAAACUUGAACUCUAUCAAAAAAAAAAAAGCUUGUGUAGAAAGUUCUGAUAAAUGUGAAAGUAUUUAGCUCUGUGUAUUGAGAGUAGUAUAUUUUUUAUCUGUGCAAUGCUGUGUGCAGGCCACCAGCUCCUAAGACAUUUCCUAUAUAUACACACUUUAAGUGGUUUGAAAUUCUUUACUCAGGAUCUUUGAUGCUCUGAAGAAUUAGUAGUUUGUCAAUCUGCAUGCUUGUUGAAGAGAAGCCUUUUAAAAACAGCCAAAACCCCACAGCCCAGUAGUAUCAGUUCUAGUGGUAUAUCUGAGCUGUUACACUCGUGCUCCCUUAUUUCAUUAAAAUAUUUGAUUUUAUAUUAA